AUGGUUAUUCCUGACCACUCUAAGAUUGAGUCUGUCUCGGCACUUAUUAAUAAAUUUGAACAAACUCCUGACGAAGCGUCGAACCAAACAAAUUCUCGAGCUCGUAGUCCUAAUCCUGGAAAGAUAGUUCAUAAUUAUGAAGUAAAGCCAGCUGAAGACCAGACUAGCAUUUCAACAAACGUUACUACCGAGAAAAAAACAGAACAAAACGCUGAACAAGAAAAAACAGCAGAUACCGAAGUCAAAGCUGCCCCAGUUACUGCUGUAACCAACAUCACACCCGAAAAGAACGUAAAGAAGGCAGGCACGACUACUAAAAAAAUAGUUAAACCUACUGGUACUCCUGCUAAAUCCGUAGCAACAAAAAAAACACCAUUAUCAACCGAUAAAAGUAAAUUAUCAAUCAGUAAUAGCUCAUCGACAGCUCGCGCAAAGUCUCCAGGAAGGACCGCGACCACCACCAAGCCUAAACCUUCCACUGCUCCAACUACUACCAGACCAAUAAAAACUACACAAACUAAAAAUCCUACAGCCGAAAAACCUAAAAUAAGUUCAACUACCACAAAAACAACAAAACCUAUUGCUAAGACUACAGUAACUAAAUCUGCACCUGCCACUGUUACUACUUCAGCUUCCGAGAAGAAAACAUCUGUUACUAAAGUUCCUGGAAAGGUUCAGACUAAACCUACCACAGCAACUUCUAAAACGAUUAAAAAACCUACAGACAGGAAAGCUCCGGAAAAAAAAGCAGUUUCUUCUAGUAAUUCAGAAAAAAAAGUUCAGAAGGAAGAGAGUAAAAAGGAUGAAGAAACACAUACACAUACAGAGGAAGUUACUCAAUCAGAAGAAGUUACUCAAUCAGAUGGCGUCGUUCAAUCAGAAGUUGUCCAAUCAGAAGAAUUUGAUGUUAAGUCCGAAGGUUCAAAAGAUAUUGAGAUCGCCGAAGGACAUGAAUCAAACGGACAAUAUGAUGAAAAAGAAUCUUCAGAAAAGGAGUUCCAUGAAAAUCAGAAUGAAACUUCAGUUACUGAGUCUCAUGAUGAAGUUUCAGUCACUGAGUCUCAUGAUGAAGUUUCGGUUACCGAGUCAGAAGAUAAAUCUCAUUCUGAAGCUAUAGAAGAAACCCACGAAUAUGAGACUGAAAGUCAACCAAAUGUUGAAGCUUCUGAAGAAUCUCAUGCUAUAGAACAUGAAGAAUUGGCUGCUGAAACUGACCAAGUUACUGAAUCUCAAACAGAAAUCGUUGAGAAAUCUAACGAUUUAACUACUACAGAAUCUCUUUCGCAACCAAAACAUAUAGAUGAUGUUGUUGAAACGACUGUUGAAACAGUUGAAAUCGAGAAAGAACCAUAA